ACUGACGGAAGGAGAGAGGUGGGCUCUUCAAACCACGAGCCGCGGAGCUCUGCGCCGGUGCGGGCAUCGACAGGCUUCACAUUAUACUCGCUCGCCCGAUUCCCCUUAACGUCUGAUCGCGCCCUUCGUUCUCUCACAUCAUGAGGUCCAAACGGAGGAUGCCCGCUCUGUUUGUUAUUCCAGCCGGGAGAGCGCGGCACGCACGCGCGUAAAGCAAGACAAGAUCGGACACCUUUGAGGCGCUCCUUUAUACCUAAGGACAAAACCUGCUUUUUGCUGUUUAUUUUCAUAGUAUAUGGUAUAUAGUUGAGCGGAUCCCACCUUGGAUUACCAUCAGCGCGCACAUAUGGGGAAGAGAGGACACAGCAGUGCGUUCACUUUUGAAGCAGCGCACAGGAUCUUGACGCUAUUGCGUUACGCAUCUGUCUCCCAGUGAGCCUUUUUUUUUAUCCCUCCCUAUCCACAUACCCGUUCAAAUUGGGUUCUCUGCACCAUUUUUCUUAGCCUCAGAAAAAAAGUCAAAUAUCGGUGUUGGAAGGAAAAGAGAGCGGGGUGUGUGUAGUCUGAGGGGAACGAGAGGAGGAGGAGGAGGUGGGGGGGCGAAGAAUGAGGUGUGUUUUCUCUCUUUUUUUGGGAAAAGCCGGAGAAAGACAGAAGAAGGUGUAUAACCCGCUGCCCUGCGAGAGCCUGCGUCGCGCGCUGCCCUCUUGAGAAAUAACUGCGAUCAGAGGAGAAAUGGCCUAGUUAAAAAAAAUAAUAAAUAAAGAUCAGAGCACAGAAGAAUCGUGCAGUGGAUGGACGGGUCAGCGUCAUCGAGAUCUUCUUAAAUCCCCGGCGCACACAUCACCUCUUUAAGGUUUACGUGGUGUCCUGACUGCAGCGCUGGACUUAUUUUAAAAGAGCUUGACGGAUGAACCCACAGAAUCUAACUGAGAAUGCUCCGUGCCCCCUUACUUCACCAUGUCUCUAUAGAAACCUAUUUAACUGCCCCCCUUCCACCAUUCCUCCUUUUGCCUUUGUUGUUCCCCUAUAACCUCCUGGGUCUUUGAUCCUCCCUCUGUCCCAGCCGCAGUCCCUGUGAUCUGAGUCCAAUAGUUUUAUUUUGGAAAUGUUCAUUUUUCCAAUCAAUGCUGCCAGCCACCACGGCUACGGUGGGAAGCGUCUGGAUACUUCUCAGCCGACCUCCAAACCCUGUCUGAUGUGGCUCUUGGGACUAGUGCUGCACCUGACUCUCUCUUCCUCUCAGCGUAUCGACCUGAAACAUCCAAUAGUUUCAACUGGGUAUGGAAAGGUCCGUGGAAUCAGAAAAGAGCUAAACAAUGAGAUCUUAGGCCCGGUGGAACAGUUCUUAGGCGUGCCAUAUGCCACUGCACCCAUCGGCGAGCGGCGCUUCCAACCCCCUGAAGCCCCGGGCUCCUGGCAGGAGAUACGCAACACCACCCAGUUUGCACCGGUGUGCCCCCAGAAUGUGCAUGGGGUUUUACCAGAGAUCAUGCUGCCGGUUUGGUUCACGGACAACCUGGAUGCAGCAGCGACCUAUGUUCAGAACCAGAGCGAGGACUGCCUUUACCUCAACAUUUAUGUGCCCACUGAAGAUGGUCCGCUGACAAAAAAAAAUGAUGAGUCCUCCAUGAACAGACCAAGGGAUGAAGAUAUACGAGAUCGUCGAAAGAAGCCAGUCAUGCUCUUUAUCCAUGGAGGCUCCUACAUGGAGGGCUCAGGCAACAUGUUUGAUGGGAGUGUCCUUGCUGCCUACGGAAAUGUGAUUGUUGUCACCAUGAACUAUCGCAUUGGUGUGCUCGGGUUUCUGAGCACAGGGGACCAAUCUGCUAAGGGGAACUAUGGUUUGUUGGAUCAGAUCCAGGCUCUGCGCUGGCUCAAUGAAAACAUUGGCCACUUUGGAGGAGACCCAGAGAGAAUCACGAUCUUUGGCUCUGGAGCUGGUGCUGCCUGUGUGAACCUUCUCAUCCUCUCCCAUCAUUCUGAGGGUCUGUUCCAGAGGGCUAUCGCUCAGAGUGGCUCAGCUAUCUCCAGCUGGUCGGUCAACUACGAUCCACUGAUAUACACCAAAGUGCUGGCCAAGAAGGUGGGCUGCACCGUGAGAGACAUGGCAGAGCUGGUGGACUGUCUGCGACGGAAAAGUUACCGAGAGCUAGUUGACCAAGACAUUCAACCGGCCCGCUACCACAUUGCAUUUGGGCCUGUGGUGGAUGGGGAUGUGGUGCCGGAUCACCCAGAGAUCCUCAUGCAGCAGGGCGAGUUUCUAAAUUACGACAUACUGCUAGGGGUCAACCAGGGGGAAGGCCUGAAGUUUGUGGAUGACAGUGAAGGAGAAGACGGGAUAUCAGCAGCUUCAUUUGACUACACAAUUUCAAACUUUGUGGAUAAUCUCUAUGAAUACCCUAUAGGUAAAGAUAUCCUAAGGGAAACAAUAAAGUUUAUGUACACAGACUGGGCUGACAGGGACAACAGCGACAUGCGCAGGAAGACCCUCCUGGCUUUGUUCACAGACCACCAGUGGGUGGCCCCAGCUGUUGCCACAGCCAAACUGCAUGCAGAGUUUCAGUCACCGGUCUACUUCUACACCUUCCAUCACCACUGUCAGACCGAGGCACGGCCAGACUGGGCAGACGCGGCUCAUGGAGACGAGAUCCCAUAUGUGUUUGGCAUCCCCAUGGUGGGAGCCACUGACCUUUUUCCGUGUAACUUCUCCAAGAACGAUGUAAUGCUCAGUGCUGUGGUCAUGACCUACUGGACCAACUUUGCAAAGACAGGUGAUCCCAAUCUACCUGUUCCUCAGGACACAACAUUCAUUCACACCAAGCCUAACCGCUUCGAGGAAGUCAUCUGGACCAAAUUUAGCUCCAAAGAUAAGCAGUACCUGCAUAUUGGCCUGAAGCCACGCGUCAGAGAUAACUACCGUGCCAACAAGGUUGCUUUUUGGCUUGAGCUUGUCCCGCAUCUCGUCAGCUUGCGUGACGAUCACUUAAAUCCACUCACAACUCAGCUGCCACCUGGAGGUACCACCCGUUGGACGGUACCGCGUCCUGGCGCCCGCUCAACCCAGCAACCAGUAAUGUCCACCUAUCCACCGGAACUUGAUCCUGACAGCUCAGAAAGACCUCGCAUCACUCCCUUCCCAAGCGAGACGAGGGACUAUUCCACUGAGCUGAGCGUGACAGUGGCUGUUGGUGCAUCUCUUCUUUUCUUGAAUGUGCUGGCAUUCGCAGCACUUUAUUAUAAACGGGAUAAGCGCCAUGAACUCAUGCAGAGGCGUCACCGUCGGCUCUCCCCACAACGAGGCACAACAAUGGGCAUUGGGGUUGGCAUGGGAGUUGUGGGCGCCCCACCGCACAAUGACCUGGCACUGAGUCAGGAGGAGGAGCUGAUGUCACUGCAGAUGAAGCAACAGAGGGUGGAACUAGAGCACGGGACACCCCUCCCUUCCCGCGCAGUCCAUGGCGACCUAGAACCUCUACGGCCUCCCGUGUGUCCACCUGACUACACACUAGCCCUGAGGCGGGCACCGGAGGAUGUGCCACUGAUGACCGCCAACACCAUUACCAUGAUCCCCAGUACCAUUAGCAGCAUCCAGCCACUCCAUCCCUUUAACACUUAUCCCCCCGUCCCAGCCCCUUCGUCAACGCCUGUCCCCAGCCACAGCAACAAUGCCCUGCCUCACCAACACUCUACGACCCGUGUAUAGGACCAGGCACAAGCUCUGCUAUUUCUUUGGGCUCAGCAAGUUGCGACACAUAAACUGCUUCAUUCCAGCUUCACCUUUCACCAAACUCUAUUCUUCUUUAUUGUCUUUACAUCUUCAUCAUCAAGCCCUCAGAUAAAGCUGCAGUUUGCAAGAUUUGAAAGCGAUGAAAUACCUCGAAGCUAUGAUCACAACUUAAUGGGGACUAGAUUGAAAACGCUCCUUGGUCAUAACGCUUUUUGGUGUUAUAGCCCGAUGAAUAUUUGGUGCUUAUGAAAGGUCACCAGUCAUGCCGCUUUAGGCUUGUAGCUCUCUCAAUCAUCAUCCAGACUUUUAAUGUGUAGUUCAGUUUUUUGGCGCAUGUAUAUCUUUCAUGAAAGUGUGGAGCUAUGUUUAACAAAGAGUACAAACACACAUUGUCAUUCAUUUAGGGAGAAGAUGAUACAGUAGCAAACAGCUUUGUGUGAGGCAGCAUAUGUCCCAGCAAGCUGUCUGUCAUAAAGCACUGCUUUCUUGAAGCUUACAAAUUGCAGCUUUAAAGGCCCAAUCUGGAAGGGAGACUUGGCACCCCAUACAGAGCACUGUGCUCCAACAGAUGUCUCUGCAUUUUGAUUUUCAGAGCUUAUUGUAUAUAGUAAAGUAUAGAGCUAAUGUUUGACAGCUACAAAUGACUAAAUCUGUUUUAGAUUGAUGUACUUUCAAUAUUUACAGUGGUGUGGAAAAUCUUCAUACAUUUUGAACUUAUUUACAGUAUCAAUUGAUCACAGUAUGACCGCAAAUCCCAACACAUAGUAGGACCUAAUUGUGGUUGGAAGGUGGUUUCUCAAACUGUUUAUAAAUAAAACCCAACAGCAGAGUUAUAUUCAGUCACAAAAUCUUUUUUUAAUGGGUAGAGGGGGGUCUUUCUUCACUUGUUUUCAUCUAAAGACCUACAAAGGGAUUUAUGUAUAUUUUUUGUAAAAUAGUUACAAUUUCAGUCAAAAAGGAAUUGGAAGCAUCUUUGAAAACCAAUUUUUAAGUCUUGCCAUAGAUUCCCCAUUGAAUUUUGGUCUGACUUUGACUGAGCCACUUUGUAAAGUACACGCUCAGUUUCAUUAUAUGGAAUCAAAAUUUCCUAAAAUUACCGGUGCAAAUUAAAAAGAAAAGUAAAUGCAGUCGUGAGAAGUAAGUCAAAAUUUCAUACUGGAAACUUAUAUGUUGCUUACCAAUGUUGAUCUCAAUAUCCGACACAGCUAAACACCUUGCUUGAGAAGCAUUUCCAUAUUUGUAGUCAAUUUGUUCUUCUUUAAUUGGUAGUUUUAUGUUUUUCUUUAAGGACGGGCCUACACAGUACAAUAUUUUCAAUCAGUGCUCUCACACUGCACAACGAAACCACACAGUUUAAAAGUUAAUAUCAUGAUAGAGCCGAUGUUCUAAUCUGAUCUUACUGGUUACACUGUGCGUCCUGUAUACCACAUGACAAAAAAAGUUUGCAGCAAACAAAUUCUUGGAUGACUGAAAAAGCGGCCCUAAAAAGAGGUUGUACAGGUUGUGCCCAUUCAUAAGGAAUGUGUUGCUGCAUUAAAAUAUUCCCUGAGCCUAUAUUGCUAAUGGCAAUUUUUCCAGUUCAGUUCAAUCCUUACUUAACACAUUCCACUAGUUAUUUAAAUAGGAACCUUUGUAAACAGUGUAAUAACCUUGUGUAAUAUAUGACAAGUUAACUAGCCCGCAAUAGUUUUUUUUUUUUUUUGCUUAACAAAAAUUUUUCUUGCAAUUCAUUUGCAAAUAAAAAGAACAUUUCUUUUGAGCACCACUAAUGCAAGCACUAGUACCACCAGUUGAACUUAUCUUACAAUUAGGGAGCCUCUAUUCUGAUUUAUGCAGUUUGGUUUUAACCUCCACAUAAGUUUUAUAACUACUUUGAACUUUUUUCUGCCAUCCCUUGAUGUUCCCUUAUUUUUUUAGUUUAUUUUAUUUAUUUUUUAUUAUCCACAUGCAACAUUUUUUAAGACUUCAUUGUAAAACUUACAAAAGAAAGUUGAAAGUAGGAAAUCUGCUCUCCAAAAAUCCAUAUUUAUGUUUGCAGGUGAUCCUGACAGCUACAGUUAAAUUACAUUUAAAAAAAGUAAAAAGUUCCUGAUUGCUUUUUGUUUAUUUUGUGGGGUGCUAUUGUCAAAAACUUUCCAGAUUGGUGCUUAGCCUUUGCUGAAAGCAACUGACUACCAUUUAGCAGGAUAUGGGCUGGAAACUAGGCUACCCAUAAAACCCCACCACAUCCAUGUCUCGCAGGCUUUGCUCAUUUUUAUUGUUAUAUUUGUUUUACAUUUGUUAUCUCUGUGUCCUUAUUCUCCAAUUCAACUCAUUUAACUGCUUCUGUCUUCUCGCUGCCAUUCAGCCCCUCCCAUGCAUCCUCUCUUGUAGCUCUUCUGAUUAAACUACAUCAGCAAAAUUCACUUUUUCUGUCCUUCUCUCAAUCACUUAUAGACUCUCUUUUCCUUUUAGAGUCUUUUAUACAAAAGAACCCACAAAUGUAAAUUAUGUAUUAUUAAUAAAUUGUAAGGAUAUGAAUGAAAAAAGAUAUUCUGAUAUCUCGUUUUUACCAGCAUUCUUGGUGCCAAGUACUGUGACAAAGUUCCUCUUUGGCCAGUGUCCGGUGGACCGCUUGCCGAAGUCCGUUCUGACUGUAUCUAUUGAAGAAAAAAAAAAAAAGGAGUUCCCAUCAAAAGAAAGUGCCAACCCCUUUACCUUUCAUUUCAAACCACACACUCUUUGUGUUUAUUUACACUCAAUGUUGCACUGUGGCUGGUCUCUUAUAUAAAGAGAAAUCAGAUUUAAUAUAUCCUCAUUUAGAAGAAAAAAACAUAUAAAGUUUUAUUAACUACUUUGCUGUGUGGGAUAGUUGCAUGUUUUUUUUUUUUUAGUUACUUGCAAGUGUGUGGGUAGAGUUUUCAUUUCAAAAAGUUAAUUUCAAUUGCCUUGAUUCUUUUUCAUUGAACUGUCUUUAUUUUGGAAAUGUUUUAUUUUUUACUUUGAAUAUCAGCUGCACUUUGUGGUACUUCAGAAAGUAUUAAAGAGAUAAAUAUUUGUGUAAAGCUAUGAUUAUAACAAAGAGAGUAAAUAUUUCCUCUUUAUUUUUUUCAUUUACUAACACCACGGCUGUGCCACAAGACUACCAGAGACUGAUGAGAGCCUUGUUUUUUUUUAUUUUAUUUCCAUUUUUCUUUCUUUUACAACUGUCAAGUUUGCACAGCUACUGUCUCUCGAUCUCAUCUGAGGACAGCACUUUUUAUGUGACAAAAGGAAAACAGAGACAUGAGUUCUUCACAUGAAUAAUCUAAGUAAGGUUAAUGUAUGUGAUUGACAUUAACUUAAUGCUUCAAGCACUGGGAGGACAGCUUAGUUGUUUUUUUUUGUUGUUUUUUUUUUGGUUAGCUCUUUUGUUGUCUCUUGGUUUUCGCUUCGGCAUGGCGGGUGAAAGGAAAAUAUAUAUUUAUGGUUAAAAAAAAAAAAAAAGAUGAGAGAGCCGUGUAUGAUCGUCUCACUUGUUUCGCACAAACGAACACAUGGAUGGGUCAUACUCUGGACAAUAAUGGGAAAAAACAACAACAACAAAACGUUGACAUUAGGACAAUAAUGGGAAAGCAGUGAUUUACUGGUGAUAACUGUCCGUGUGUUCACAGAAUACAUAAGAACAGAAAAAAAAAAACCCUGAUUAAACAAGACGUUGCUCACAAAAUGUACCACAAAAGGAGAGGUGACUGGGAUUAGUCCCCCUCCUGUCUGGGACGACCUGCGUCCUGUCUGCUUUGAACGACGACGCUCCUGGAUCCAGACUGCCAUCCCCUACACUGGGCUGGAGCGAGCUGGGAGGACGAAAAACCAACACAGAGAACCACGAACUGAACUUUAUUUUUUAUUUUUGAGUGUACCCCCAACAAACUGGAAUUUGUAAAUAUUAUGUUUGUUGUUUGGUUUUUGAGUGAUUGGCCAGAUCUUUACUUUGAGACAACAGGUGCAAGUUUAGGUGACUUACAUGAUUUUAACGCUCACGUACACAGCUGGUUUGAUGCUCCUUUCUUUUACAAUGCCUUGCAAAAGUGUUCAUAGGCAUAAUACAUACAUUUUUGCCCACAUUGCAGCCACAAUUUCCUUUGUAGUUCAAUAGGAUCUAAUUGAAAACUAUAUUUGUGAAGUGGAAGG